UUUCUAGACAACAUGGCCUUGCGAAGUUCUGGCAAGUUGAGCAUGGAGACCAGAAAAGACGGUGAGAGCACGGCCCCUGCUCCUCCCCAGAAGAAGCUGUCCUGCCAGUGCCACCACCACUGCCCUGAGGACUCGGUCAACAACACCUGCAGCACUGAUGGCUACUGCUUCACCAUAAUAGAAGAGGAUGAGUCCGGUGGACAUUUAGUCACCAAGGGAUGCCUUGGAUUAGAGGGCUCAGACUUCCAGUGUCGGGACACUCCUAUUCCACACCAAAGAAGAUCUAUUGAAUGUUGCACAGGCCAAGAUUACUGUAACAGACACCUUCACCCUACACUGCCACCUCUGAAGAAUCGAGACUUUGCUGAAGGAAACAUUCACCACAAGGCCCUGCUGAUCUCAGUGACUGUUUGCAGCAUCCUUCUGGUGCUUAUCAUCAUAUUCUGCUACUUCAGAUACAAGCGCCAGGAGACGAGACCCCACUACAGCAUCGGGCUGGAGCAGGACGAGACCUACAUUCCCCCCGGAGAGUCCCUGAAGGAUUUGAUCGAGCAGUCCCAGAGCUCAGGCAGCGGAUCCGGGCUCCCUCUCCUGGUUCAAAGGACCAUUGCAAAACAGAUUCAAAUGGUGAAGCAGAUUGGAAAAGGUCGCUAUGGAGAAGUCUGGAUGGGAAAGUGGCGCGGUGAAAAGGUAGCAGUGAAAGUGUUCUUUACUACAGAGGAGGCCAGCUGGUUCAGAGAAACAGAAAUCUACCAGACUGUCCUGAUGAGGCAUGAAAAUAUUCUUGGAUUCAUUGCUGCAGAUAUUAAAGGUACAGGAUCUUGGACCCAGCUGUAUCUUAUCACUGACUACCAUGAGAACGGCUCACUUUAUGAUUACCUAAAAUCCACCACCUUGGACACAAAAGCCAUGCUGAAACUGGCUUACUCCUCUGUCAGUGGCUUGUGCCACCUGCACACUGAGAUCUUCAGCACUCAGGGCAAGCCUGCCAUUGCCCACCGUGACCUAAAGAGUAAGAACAUCCUGGUGAAAAAGAAUGGCACCUGCUGUAUAGCAGAUUUGGGCUUGGCUGUUAAAUUUAUCAGUGACACAAAUGAGGUAGACAUCCCUCCAAACACCCGUGUAGGAACAAAACGUUAUAUGCCUCCCGAGGUGCUGGAUGAAAGCUUGAAUAGAAAUCACUUUCAGUCCUACAUCAUGGCUGAUAUGUACAGUUUUGGACUCAUCCUUUGGGAGAUAGCAAGGAGAUGUGUUUCAGGAGGAAUAGUUGAGGAGUACCAGCUUCCAUACCACGACCUGGUGCCCAGCGACCCCUCGUACGAGGACAUGCGGGAGAUCGUGUGCAUCAAGAGACUGCGCCCCUCGUUCCCCAACAGAUGGAGCAGUGAUGAGUGCCUGCGGCAGAUGGGGAAGCUGAUGAUGGAGUGCUGGGCUCACAGCCCUGCCUCCCGCCUCACCGCCCUGCGCGUCAAGAAAACACUUGCCAAAAUGUCAGAGUCCCAGGACAUUAAACUCUGA